CCAGGCCACAGUUUAUAACCUUUAUUUUCUUCUAUUCUAGCUGUCCGGAAUGGAAUUAUCAUUGUACACAACUCCACCACCAAGUCACCCAGGGACUACUGAAGAGCAACUUAUUGAAAGUGAAUCUCGUGAUAAAAGUGACGAAAGUAGUGCCAACAGUGACCUAGGUCCUCGCCCUCUUGUAACAGCCAAACGAAUCAAAUUGUUCCCUGCAGACAGAGUUCUUCUUUACGUUAGACAGGAGGAUGAAGAGAUUUUCCACACCUUUCACAUAGUCCCUCCCUCUCUUGCUGGCUUGGCAACUGCGGUGCAGUCCAAAUACCAGAUUUCGAAGCAGAACAUCAGACAUUUUUACAAACGUUGUAAAAAAGGUAUUACUGUACACAUGGAUGAUGAGAUCACUCAACACUAUUCAAAUGAAGAUGCUUUCAUUAUUGAGUUUAAGCAAGUGGAUAACGAUUUAUUUGACAUAACACUGGUGGAGCUAUGAAGCUAGUAUGUUACAUCACCUCUGGAAUAUUGGGUUGCAGAUAGAGAGAACUUACUUAUUGGAUUUGUUAGCCCAAACAUGUACUGCUAGUUGUGUACAAUGACAGCUUUGUGUAAAUCAAAUUGGAAUUUUACCACUGCAAAACAAAGAAAGAGAGAGAGCAACAAAGAAAUUUGAUAAAAACGAGUUUGAAAAUGGUGAUUUUUAAGUAGCUAAGAAACUGAACAUAUUUUUAUAUUUGAAAGUUUUGGGUUAGAAAAACAAUCCUUUGAAUGUUUUCUACGAAGGCUGUACUUGCAGUGGCUUUCCUAACAGGCUAGUGAGUAUGACUGUUUUGUGAUUUGUAUUAUUUUGUAUAUAUUUUUAUAUGGCUUGAGCAUCAAAUAUAUUUUAUCAGCAGAUCGCAGUGACUCUUCAUAGGUUUAAAUGUCAUUUCUCGAUAUUAAGGAUUUUUGAAUGUCUUUAACUUUGCAAACUAUAGUUGUUGUGUAAUAUUGAGCCAAAUAAAGGGAAAGGGAUUUAUAUGUGCAGGUGCCUGAAAAUAAAUUGGUUUAGCAAUUCUUGAUCUCGCAAUGCCAUGGUUUUGUUCUAUCAUUUUUCUAAUUGUAUAUGUAGUUUUAUAUAUAUAUAUAUAUAUAUACAUGAUCUUAAGUCAUGUGCUGAAUUAUACAAGUAUUCUCAAGUUUUUAAAAAAUUUAAACAAUGUUUUAUCUUUUUAGAGAUUAUUUAACCCAACGAAGUGGUAAAUGACCCAGUGUUUACAAUAUUUCUAGUGAUCAGUGAUAGAUUGAAAAAGUUGUAUGUUAAAUAUGCCCAAAAAUAAAAUAUAGAAAGUUGUUUUUGGAUGCUUAUCACUUAGCCAAGUAAUCUGACACUGAAGCUGGGGUUGCCAGCAAUAAUAUAAAGGAUGGAUAAAAUUCAUAUUGGUUGAAACUUUGCAGUAAUUUCUUUCUAAAACAGCCACUGUAUUGAAUGAUCGCUUAAUGUUAGUUAUGCUCCACACAGUCGCUAUGAUGCAGUACGUUAUUCCUUUUUGUGGCUGUUGUUUACAUAUUAUAGACACUUAAUAAUUUAGAUAAAUGUAAUCAGGUUAAGUUUUAAAAAGUUUUUGUUUCUAUUUCAAGUGUGGGGAGGCAUUAAAAUGUUAUUAGCUUAUGGCAGAAUAUGACAACUGGGUUAAUUUGAAUAAAUUCCCAUUUUACUAUUUAAAGUGUAUUUGAUGAAAUAUGCACUGACUGUAGUCUUUAUCAGCUUUAUUUGAAUAUAGAAAUACUCUGCAAGUUGUAAGAAGGCUAGUUGAUUGGCUGUUGAACUGAAACAGUUACUUUUUGUAAAAUCUCGUAGUAACUCCUAAGAUUAUUAUCCCCAUUUGAAACAUAUUUGUUUGUAGUUUAAAAAAAAGUAAUUAUUCCUGUAAUAAUUAGAUGCAUUAAUCUAGUAUCUUUCAUCACAGCCAUAUAACAAGGUUCCUUCCCAUCAAAGCAAGGAUGCUAAGCCUAUUUUAUAAUGAGAAUGAAUCAUAUUCCAAGUUUUAGUACCUGGAAGUGUAUUCAAUGUUUUAUAACAACAGUGGUAGUUUAGAUAAUUGUGGAUUAAAGAUUUUAUUUGUUAAUGUUCUUAAAUGUUGCUGCAAUUCUCAAGUGAUAUGAACAAUGUCAACAAAUUUUAACUGUAACUGUUUAAGGUUUUAAAGGAAUAUCUAAUGAGAUGUUGAGAUUAAGACUUUAUAGGUUCUGAGAGUUUUUUUUGUAUAUAUAGUUUUACAUUUUAUUGUCUUACCUAAGUGAUUUGCAUUCAACAGCAUUAAUUUACAGCUUUUAGUUCAGGCAAUAGAAGUGAACUUACGAUUCUUACAUGGUCUUGGUAGUGACUGCUUGAUCUCCUGCAGUUUUUUAUUAACAAUCAUUUUCUAAUCGAACUAAAGUAGACUUCUUGAUAGCAUUAAUUUAUAGUUUGAUCUGAAUAAGAAAGUUUGUAACAUCAACAGAUAUUGUUGGUUACAUUUAAUAUUUCUCUGACAUAAUUAUUAACAAUAUUUCUUGUGCUUAAAUGUGUACACAAGUUACAUACUUUUAAUUAUAGUCAGUUCCAUAUUCUAAAAUAAUUAUUAACCACAUUUAACAAACAGAAGAGCUCUCAAUCUGAGGAUGUUUUUUGUUCCUCAAAAAAAAUGUCUUUUAAACUCUCUGGUAUUAAGUGUUGUAGUGUCAAGUAGAUUCAUUAUAGUUGUGAUCAUGUGGAUUAUAAGAUGCUCUAUUUUUUGAGAAGUUUACAUUUAACAAGGUCUUUUUGUUUCAAGUUUUUUCUUUAAAUGAUUUAUGUGAUUAUUAAGUAAGUGCCAGCAAGGUAAUUGUGGCCUGAAUAAUAAACUAGGCUGGUAACAUCUUUUUAUAUGCCUUGAGAAAAAAAAUAAAGUAUUUCUCCACUGA